UCAUGAUUCGUGAAGGUUUUAAUGGUACGGCAAUAGAAUUUUUUCCAGCGACGCUUCGGAGUGCAUACAUUUCCUCCAUCAUCAGAGUCGUCAUCGGCACUAUCCUGUGCGGCUUGGGAUCUAGAACACGACGUGCUUCUUCGAAACCGUCCGUACACGAAGAUGCUCUGCUCAUCAUGCUGCCAUGACAACCCAGUGCCCAUAGCAUUUGGCGCGGAACCUCGCAUACAAUAGUGCUUGCCUUUUUUUUUUAUCAUACUCUAUUUCAUCCCGUGUCCUUAGCUGUCAACAAGUCAUCGACACAUGCAUCCUGUUUUCCUGCCUGCUUCCUUUUC